AUGUUGCUCCUCUCAGCCGUGAUACUACUUUUAAAUGUACAUAUAUCUCUAGCAAAAUUCAUACGAACGUAUCCUCGACCAGAGAAGCCCGCCUUUCACACCUUGGUAGCCGGGAAACCAUCCAAGGGCGCAGGAGACCCGGGAUAUAUCAAGUCGAGUCUCGGUACCCAGUUUGUCGAUUCCAGACCCAGCAACCGAUCGACGAUUGCCCAGCGAGAUGGACGAGAGGCGCUUUCCGAGUUCCAGGCCGGCGUCGUCUACAUGAUGGACAUUGACGUGGGCACGCCGCGCCAGACCCUGACCGUCAUUGUCGAUACCGGGUCGUACGAGUUGUUUCUGAAUCCCAACUGUGACCGCGCGGCGGAUCAGACGUAUUGCGCCGCUGCGGGCCAUUAUUACCCGUCCUUGUCGAGCACGGCCAAGAAUUUGUCUAGUCGAUAUUAUGUAUCGUUUGGUACUGGCGGCUACGUUGGCAGCUACUUUAGCGACACUCUUUGGUUUGGGGAUGACUACUGGCCAGUGUCAUCAUUGCAAUUUGGCGUCUCGGAUGACAGCGAUUAUGUCUGGGCCGGUAUCUUGGGUCUCGGAUAUGGCUCGAGAUUCAAUACCAACUAUCCCACGUUGUUGGACCUUCUUGUCUCGCAGGGCUACAUUAAUGUUCCGAUUUUCAGUUUGAGUGUGGGCAGCCAGGGAAACGGUGAUUCCGAGAUCAUCGUCGGUGGAGUGGAUAGUCACAAGUACAUCGGGUGGCUUGAACCUCUCGAAUUGUAUCCACCUCCAGAGACUCAAGAAGAAGAGUGGAAAUCAGCCCAAUACUGGAUAAACAUGACCUCGUUUGGCUACACUCUUCCAGGGGGUUCCGCAGUGACAAUGACCGCCAAUGGCUUUUCCAGAAUCAUGAUGGUCGACAGCGGGUCGACAUAUUCGUACAUUGACGCCGACCUAGUGGCUGCGCUCGCCAAGCAAUUCAGUGCCACCAUUGACGAUUCGGGCGUCUACUACGUCUCUUGCAAGUACCUCGACAUGGACGGCUACGUCCACUUUGGCUUCAACAAUGGGGCCAUGGUCAUCAAUGCCAAGUAUAGCGAUUUUAUAGUCGACUUCGGGACGCGCUGUGCCUUGGGCGUACAGCCGGCUGAUGCUGGGGUCAAUACUUGGGUCUUGGGUGCCACCUUUAUUCGAUCGGCCUAUAUUGUGUUCGAUCAAUUGUACGACGCAAUCUGGCUGGCAAAUUAUCAACCAUGCGGAGGCUCCCUCGUAACGGAUCUCACGGAGAACGCGGGUAACCAGCUUUGGACCGAGCUAUACGGCGGCUGUUGA